GAUUUGCUGUUGAUGGUCGAAGAUGUGUCACAUCCUGAUAGGAGAGCACAACGUGAAAUUGUCUUGGAAACAUUGGAAGCGUUGGAUGUGAAACGUUCACUCAUAGAAUCGAUUAUUUUUAUCGGUAAUAAAUGUGAUAAAAUUGAUAUGAGCAAAGUGGAAGAACACUGCGAUCUUCUCAAUGUGUCCUGUGUGAAUAGUUUUGGCAUUAAGCAAUUGAUCGCUGAGAUUGACAAGAAAGUGAUGGCGUUGCGAGGUAGCGUUGUCCGUCAUAUGAAGCUUCGAUCCGGCUCACCGGCUUUAGCGUAUCUCUACAAAGAGUCGCUUUUGGUCAAGGAACCCAUUCCUAUAGAUGACGGCAACUUUCUGCUUUGUACAGUGAUUAUGGACGAUGCNUCACAACAGAAAAUUUCAUCAUAA